CACAGCCACCAGCUCCCAGGAGACAGAGGGAGAGAGAGCGAGACACACACACACACAGAAAGAGAAGUCACUGCAGACGCUAGCAGACACAGAAACCGACCGCAGAGAUGAGUGCACCUGCAGGAAGCGCCCUGGCCACCCCCGCUGGAUCCAACGGCCCCACAACACCCAAGAAGGGCCCACCCAAGUUCAAGCAGAGGGCAACCCGUACCUUCAAGAGCAAGGCCCCCAGGCCUGGACAGAAGGGAUUUGGUGAUGACAUUCCCGGAAUGGAGGGUCUUGGCACAGACUUCACAGUGGUCUGCCCAUGGGAGGCUUUCGGGGACAUGGAGCUCAGCGACUUGGCCAAAUACGGCAUCAUUUAAACCUGCCUGCCCCGCCUUCCACCCACUCUCCGCCU